AUGAGUCGCAGCCUACCAAUGGACAUUGGCUCGGGGCGGCGCGAAAACCGUCCGCGGCCAAUGAGUGACAUCCAUGGGCGGGGCGGACAGAGCGGGAGCCGCAGGACCGAGUGUGCAGCCCGCAACGGACUCGACGGCGGUGCCAUGGAGCUCGGGGCGGGCGGCGCGGCAGGGCCCGGGCAGCGCGGUGGGGCAGAGCCGGGCCGCCAGCUCCUCCUGCUGCUGGGCGGGGGCGACGGUGGAGGGGCGGGUUGGGCGUGGCCCGCGGGGGGUGGCGGGGCGGGAGGGACUGGCACGGACACGGAGGCCGGCCCGGAGCCGGACUACGAGGCCCUCCCGCGGGGCUCCGCCGCCUCCACCCACAUGCUCGCAGGGGCUGUGGCGGGGGUGCUGGAGCACAGCCUCAUGUACCCGGUGGACUGUGUCAAGGUGAGCACGGGCGCCGAGCUGCUCUCGCGCCUCCGGGAGCAGGGCGGGUGCUGGCGGGGGGCGGGGAGCUGAGACGAGACGAGGGAGUUCCUGGGCAGGACCUGAGAGCGGUUAACCGGCACACGAUCUUCAUUAGUGUUGCACUUUAAUCCGCAUCACCGGACGGUCCGACACGAUCCAAAUUUAGCAAAAAGGAAAAAAAACCCCAGAGUUGACAGGCGAAGGAGGUGUCCCCCGAUGAAUGCGAUGGAGCUAACGACUUCGGGGAGGGAUGGAUCAAACACGUUCUCGGCUCUUUUGCUGGCUAAUGGCAGAAGUGCCAACGAACGAUCACUUGACAGGAGAGUUAUGUCUUGCCGCCACUAGUUGACAAGAAGCAAGAUCGGUUUCCUCGAUCACGUUUCAGGCCUUCACUUUUGCCGCCAAAGCGACCGACCUGGUUCCAGAAAUAUUUGGUCUCAGUCAUGGGGUUGGGAGGAAGGGGUAAGGUGGUGGUGGGGGUUUGUACACACGGGAGAGUCCUGGCAGACGGGAAGCUCCCCCCCCAUCUGCAGACACCUGCAAAGGCUGCCUGCGAGCCGUCAUUUGUGUGCAGCCAUCAAAUGCAGAUGAAUGGCUCUGAAAGGAAGGAGUGUCCUGGGUUGGGAGAGCUGGGUGUGGAGCGCUUACUAGGCUAAGUCCCUUGGCAUAUCUAACCUGCUCCCCUCCCUGCGCUGGCAGACAAGGAUGCAGAGCCUGCAACCGGAACCUGCUGCUCGCUACCGGAAUGUGCUGGAGGCCCUGUGGCGGAUCGUGCGGACUGAAGGGAUCUGGCGACCCAUGCGUGGAUUGAACAUCACAGCCACAGGGGCAGGCCCUGCUCAUGCCUUGUAUUUCGCCUGCUACGAAAAGUUGAAAAAGACACUUACCGACAUUAUCCAUGCUGGGGGCAAUAGUCAUGUGGCCAACGGUAUUGUCCCUUCUUGACUCCUUGCCCCACCCUGAGGGUCCCUAUGUUCCCAGCUAGGACUGUUAGUGAAAUGAAGAACUGGAUGCCUGGUUCUUUCUUACUGCUCUUAUAUUGCUAACUUCUGAAUCCUGUUUACUGUUGACAUUCUUCCCUGAUGCUGUGUUCUGCUUCACUCCAAGCAUUAUCUAACCAUGAUCAUUAGGAAUGUAGGAUUUGCCAUUGACUUUUGAAAGGAAUUUGUGAAUGAGAAGGGAUUGUGGGAAUAUGGGGCAGAUAGCUGCAGUUUCCACCAGAGCAGACAGAAACUUUUUUUUAUUGUGAAGAUAGUUUGAAAUAUGAUAGAAGAAUGGGUGUGUUGCUGUUUGUAUUUCAUUUUGACUUUAUAUAGUGCUCUUCCUUUGUAGCAGCUGUCCCAGAUGUGUCCAUGUUUGUAUCUGCUCUUACAUUUGUCCUUUUAGCAUCCUCAUUUUUGAGUGGGGAGAACCCCAAGCUUGCUGUAACGUGUUGUAGAGUCUGGUCUGCUUACAUUUACUUUUUCACACUAGCAUGCUUCUGAGGCUCCUUCAUCUCUGAUAGUCUGGACAGAUAAUAGGAAGACCCAAUUAGCUGGAGAUCCUAGAAUUUUGGAACUAACUCGUCUCACUCUGAAGCUUGUUGGAUGUGUUAGCAGGACGACGGCAGAAUCCUAAAUAGCUGCAAGAAUCCUAAAUAGCUGCAAGACGGUCUUGGCUCUUCUCUGCUCUAGGAAUUAAAGAUGAUAGAUAAUUUACAGUGCAAUCCUAACCAUGUUUACUCAGAAGUAAGUCCUAUUUAAUUCAGUGGACUUACUCCCAGGUAAGUGGAGUUAGGAUUGCAGUCUUAGUCUUCUGAUUCCCCCCCCCCCAUCCUUCAAUGUGGGUCAAGAUUAAUAUGAUAAAUAUUGCCUGCACUGGAGCCUUGAAUAUUUCUGAUAUUCCCUUUCUGAAAACUGAUGCUAAUUUCUCAAUGGACUUUCAUUCUGUCUUGGGGAGGGGGUGUCCCUAUUUGCUCGCAUACACUCCUCCGGUGGCACAUUCUGAGAGCUCCUUAGGUCUUCUUCCCACUUUUCACAUGUAAUAGUCCUUGUUUUGCAGGCGCAGCAGGCUGUGUGGCAACAUUGCUUCAUGAUGCAGCCAUGAACCCAGCAGAAGGUAAUGUUGCUUCCCAGCAGUCCUGCAACUUUCAUGCAGCUUGUGCUGCUCCCUUCUUGUCACCAGGGGGUGCUUUCAUGUUGCUUGUGAUACAGUUCAGACAUGCAGCCUUACCUGCUACAAGGGUUCUUUGGAUGCAGCGGGUGGGUGGUGGACAAGACUUUGGCUGAAGCAAAGAAUGUAUUUGUGUGUCUGCCCUUGCUCUUGGUGUUGAUAAAUGACAUAAAAACAAUAUUGCAACUUGUCUUUCAUAUUUGUGUUCCCUACAUUGCGUAGGCAAAAUCAGAUCACAUUUCAGUAACCCCCGUUUUUUACUUGGUGUCUCACAAUUCCAGAAUUGGGGCAUUACUGUUUUUUCAUGAGUUGUAGAGUUCUGCAGGAUUUGCUGGGUGGGUAGAUAGAUCACACUGAGGCAAGUUUAAGGGAUGCAGGGGCCCCUGAAUCUAUUCAAGUGUUUACAUAGAAUGCACACUGAUCAGAUAACUGCACUUACUUACUUACUUACUUACUUACUUAUUUUUUCUUUGCUCCUCCCUGCCCUUCUCUCGUCUCCAUGGCUGGGCUGCUGCUGUCAUCUUGUGAUCAGUGGUAAAGCAGAGAAUGCAGAUGUACAACUCUCCAUACCAGCGAGCAACAGACUGUGUACGUGCUGUAUGGUGCAAUGAAGGGGCAGGAGCUUUCUACCGAAGCUACACCACUCAGCUGACUAUGAACAUCCCCUUCCAGGCCAUCCACUUCAUGGCAUAUGAAUCUUUGCAGGAACACCUCAAUCCUCACAGACAGUACAACCCUAGUUCCCAUAUGGUGGCAGGGGCCUGUGCAGGGGCCAUUGCUGCUGCUGCCACCACCCCAUUGGACGUUUGCAAGACACUGCUGAAUACCCAGGAGGCCCUGGCACUGAAUACCAACAUCAGUGGGCACAUUACAGGCAUGGCUCAUGCAUUCAGGACGGUGUACCGCGUGGGUGGGCUGACUGCCUAUUUUCGAGGGGUACAAGCACGUGUCAUUUACCAGAUGCCCUCCACAGCCAUUGCCUGGUCUGUGUAUGAGUUCUUCAAAUACAUCCUUACCAAGCGAAAGGAGGAGCGAUUGGCCGGGAAGUGAAAUGUGACUCCACCUGCUGGAUUGGCUGGUGCCAGACUCAGAUGACAAGCAAGCCUUUGGAAUAACGAUGCCGCCUCUUGCCUGCUGCUGCAUUUUGCACAGCCCAUCAUCCUUCUCCCAAAUGGAUAGUACACAAUGAGCAGCAGCUUGGCCUGCCCUUUUCUAGCCUGUCACCUAACAAGCAUCUCCCUUGCCCAAAAAGUUGUAUUCCCUUAAAAGAGGUGGAGACUACCAUGAGCUACCGUGAGCACAUUGGAACUUGGGGUGAUGACCUGCAUACCCUGAACGGGUUGCUGUUACGACUACGUGGUGAUGGAGGCAGGGGAAGUGUUAGCUGAGCUGUUGUCUAGUAGCACACACACAAACCUCAUGCUCUCUGGGAAGGCUUUGAUUGUUGUGGCCCUUGGCACCUCCAAUAAAGUCUGCUUUAUUGUCACAGCC